CAAUUCUCAGAAUUUUUGCCCCAGCCCUUCACCACUUGUAUUUUCCACAGGUUUGGCAUUUCGACGGUUUUUGAGGGGUUUGGUAUUUCGGCGUUUAGUAUUAUAGCGAGCUCCUGUAUUUUGGAAAGUUUUUUGAAUAAUUUUAAUUUUUUUCAGUUUUCCCCGCCAUGUUCACUUGGUUCAUAUCUUCAAGAUACUGCAAUUUAUGGAGGAAAACCGAACGUUCCAAUAGAUUGUUUGUAUUUUUACUCAGAAAUCAAUUGCUUAUUCAAUUACAUACUUAUAUUUAUUUACUUCCAUUUGCUUCAAAUCCGCCUCAACAACAACAGCAAAAUGAAAUUGAAAAACAAAGACCUCAAAGGAUAUUAAGUCCAAAGAUACAAAAUUAUUUAAAUUCAUCAAGAGAUUUGAAUGAUCUCAUUAAAUCAAAUAUUCUUUCAAUUUGUUCAAAAUUUUACAAAAUAUCAAAUAUUGAAGAAUCAGAAUUAUUUAUAUUUGUGAUCGAUUUUUUAAGAAUUAUACCUUUUUUAAAUGGAAAGGAUCAUAUGGAAGAAAUAAUUUAUCAACUUUCUAUGGACCGGUCAACAGUAAUGCGUAUAUUGGAUACUUUUUCAGAAAUUAUUUGCACAUUUCAAUGUCAGGAUCUUGUUGUAGAUGAUGAUAAUUAGUUGUUUCUUUUUUGUUAUUUUUUAAUAUUUAAUGCAAAUUAGGCACGUAGCUAGGAGGGGAGGGAGGGUGGGGGAGACAACAAAUCUUUUUAUCAUUCAAAAACAAAUUGUAUAAACUACCCUUUUUCAAUAUAUCCAAAAUUUAAUGGAAAUUGUUAUUUGCAUCCCAUCCUUCUACAAUUUGUGAAAGAUAAUGAAAUGCGGAGGAAGGGCGGGGUUGAAACAACAAAUCUAUAUUUGUCUUUUAAGAACACGUUGCAUAAACAAAUUAAUGGAAAUUGUUUAUUACAUGAAAUUUUUAUUCAAUUUGCUCAAGAAUAUGGCUUUAUUGAUCUUAUUUUAAUUGAGGAGAUUUACUUAACUAGAUCGGAGC